AUGGGUAAUAAUAAAAAUGAAAACCCUUCAAGAUCGGAACAGGGCUCUAAAGUUGUUGUUGGAUAUACAAGAAAGAGGGUCGGAUCUUCAACAUUCAAGAAUGAUGCAAGAGAUGAUAAUAGAAGUAAAAUGGAAAUUGAAAUAGGUAGUAGAAGAAGUGAUGGUGGAAGUCGGAGGGGAGGUGAAGGAGAUGGUGGAAGAAAUAGUAGAACACUUUUAGAGUUAGAGAAUGGUGAGACAUCUUCACAACCAGGGAAAUAUGAUGGUGGAAGAGAUGAUAAAAGUCGGAAGAGAGGUGAUAGAAAAGGCUCAUCGAACAAUGGAGAAAAAGACAACGACGAAAUUACGCCAGUCUCAAAUCGACAUGACGACGGUGGACACAAUAAAGAUCAAGCCCAACUACAUGAAGGCAUUCCGGAAGACCCCAACGAUUUAAGUGAUCACCCAGAAGAUUAUGAAGAAGAAUCUAGGACGAGAGACCAAAAAAUCAGGACCGGGUGGAAAGAUUUAGCGAGCUUUGUAAAGACCCUAACAAAAUCAAAUCGCUUCCCCGAGGCGAUGGAACACAUGAACAAGGAUUUGCAGAGAAAGGGAGAGCUAAGUCGAGCAUAA